CUGAUUUGCUUACCCGUCUCCAUUUUCCUCAAAGAAGCGUCACCAGCUGUGAUUACAGUUUGGGAAGUGAACCAAACUCUUUGUCUCCUCGUAGUGAUGGAUUCAGCUUGACUGAUAUUGUGGAAAGAGAAUCAAGCGCUCCCUUCACAAAAUCAGUAUUUCCUAUGACCACAGAUUUGAUUGUUGGCAGACCCGGUGCUUCUGCAACUCCUGUGAAACUGGAAUCAGAUAUUGUGGACAAAGAGACACACUCCACACAGACUAUGGCGACAUCUACUAUGACCACAGGUAGGACUGUUAGCAGGCUCCAUGCCUCCACACCUAUAACUCGGACCAAACGAACGUUAGGUCAGAAUGUUGGAUCCCGCAACACUGGUAGUUUCAUCUCUACUUCUAUCACACCAGUGAAACCAACAUCAGUUGGUCAGACACCUCAUAAAUCUAGCACUAAAGCUGGCUUGCUCCAUGUAACCCCAAUUGAUCCACCAACAGCAGAAACAUGGACAUGGAACUUGGUAGUAGUUGCAGCGUGUCUUGGAGGUCUCAUCUUACUGGGCCUAGCACUUCUCUUUACCAAAAGAAGAACUGAAAGAUGUUCUAGCAAAAGGGCACAAGCUGAUGCCACUGAUGACUUAAUGUGCAUGAGAGAGCUUAACCAUGGAGGAUCGUUACCUGCCGGUAAUGAUGAAGCGUACAGUGUGAUUACCUCAGUACCUGCUGCUGACUGUCCUACUGGUUUGGAUAAAUCGAAAAUGCAAGAGUCUCAAAAUGAAGACUCUGAUAUAUACCAUGUGUACUCCACCAUGUCUGAGGAGCCACCUCCAUCAGCCCUGAAGGACAUGGUGUACAGCACCCAGUAG